AUGAACGCACUUAUAUCCGGCCUGCCUCUAGGUUACAGGUUUCGACCCACCGAGGAAGAGCUGCUUGAUUAUUAUCUGAAAAAGAGAAUUGCCUCAGAAAGGAUUGACAUGGACCUUAUCAGGGAUAUCGAUCUCUAUAAAAUUGAACCUUGGGAUCUCCAAGAGAUAUAUGGGGAAGAUGCUAGAGAAUGGUACGUGUUCAACAAGAAUAAUAAGAAAGGCAGUCGCAUAUGUAGAUCCACAGCAGGUGGUUACUGGAAGGAAACAGGAAAGGAUAAGCCAAUAUACUCGAAGCAGGCAGGUGGAAGACAUCAGAUUGGACAGAGAAAGAUUUUAGUCUUCUACAAAGGCCGUUCCUCCAAAGGACAAAGAUCAGAGUGGAUCAUGCAUGAAUACAGACGUGGCGCAACUCCUCAGGAUAAAGAAUGGGUAAUAUGCCACAUCUUUCACAAGAGAAUUAAACAUAAACAGAAAAGAAAUGAGGAAGAUAAUGAGGAAGAUAAUAAAGAAGAUAAUAAGGAAGCAGAAGAUCAAGUGGAAGAGGAAGAAGAAGAGGAAGUGGAAGAGGAGGAAGCAGAAGAUCAAACCAGCCAAUGGCUCUUUGGAAAUACCUAUGCUUAUUUUAUUUCAUACUAG